AUGGGAUCCGUCACUGAAGAAAAGCAGAAAGAGUGUCUGACCUCAGCUCACUUUUUAUCCGGAGAAAAUGGGCACCAGUUUACACCAGAGACCAGAAGACCCGACAGAACAUCAAGCUUCUGCAGUAAGGAAUUUUCAGAGUCGGAUCCCUUACUUCCCAAUGAGUUUUACGGGACAGCAUUGGCCUCUGGGACCAUAUCGCAAGUUCAUGGCCAGGAGAUGCCGAGCGAGUCGGUCCGGGCCAUGUUGAUGCAGAUCUUGUUUCCAUUCUUCCUGGCUGGUUUUGGGACAGUUCUGGCAGGGAUGUUGCUGGAUGUAGUGCAGCAUUGGGACGUUUUCCGUAAUGUGACUGAGAUCUUCAUCCUUGUCCCACCUCUGGGUCUGAAGGGGAACCUGGAGAUGACACUGGCAUCAAGACUCUCCACCGCUGUGAAUGUUGGCAGAAUUAACUCUUCAAGCGAGAGGUGGAACCUGAUCAUUGGAAAUCUCGCCCUCAAACAGGUACAAGCUACAGUUUUGGGUUUCCUGGCUGCUCUGGUAGCCUCAGCUCUUGGAUGGAUCCUGGAGGAGGAGCUCAUCAUGAAACACGUAGCUCUGCUUUGCUGUUGCAGCGUUGUGACAGCAUUCACAGCAUCCCUCCUGCAGGGUUUGCAUCCCGCUUUUGUUUCGGACCGAUUUUUAUCUACUUAA